AUGACAUAUCUUCCAUUCGUAUUCGCUACUAUCUGGUUCAGCUUUGUAUUGACUUGUCCACCUACCCCUCCACCAGGAGGAGGAGGGACAGGAGGUGGUGGUGGAGGAGGAGGAGGAGGAGGAGGUAACAGUACCGGUAAACGCGAGGUUGACGACAUCGAGUUUACCGUGGUCAGCAAUCAGAAAUUCGAUCCCGCUAUGAACGACUCACAUAUGCAAGUUUUUAAAAGCCUAUUGAAUGAUUACGUUAAAGCCAAAGGAGCAAAUUAUAACAAGGACAUGGUGCAAGAGGAGAUGAUAAAUAUCGAUGGCAACUUUGCGAUUCUCUACACUCUACAGGGUUACGACUGCGACGGGAUGAACAAAUUCUUGCAUGAAGCUAAGAGUAGCGCAAACUUCAUCAAGGACAUCAAAGUCAAGUGUGGUGGAAGGCCGCAGUUUGUUGUUGCCUGA